AUGCAGGAAAGAUUAUCAAAUUUUUCUAGUAUAAUGGCUUCUCAAAGAAGAACAAAACAAAAUUUGGCAUGUUUUUUAAAUGAUAAAAUAUUUGAUAAUUCUUUUAAAAAUGCACCAACAGAAACAUCAGAAAAUAAUAUAUCAUGUGGUAAGAAAGUUUCUCUAAACAAUACAACAAAAAGUGAGAUAAAUACAAUUGAAAGUAAUAAUACUCCGACAAAUGGUAAUGUUAAAAAAGGAAAUCGAAAACAAAAAAAAGUUGCUUCAGCAAAUACAUUAGGUUCAGCUAUGCAAUCAAUUUUGAUAGAUGAUAAACUUGCAUCUCCUACAUUAGGUGGUGGAGCAGGAAAAGAAAAGAAAGAAGAUUAUUGGUAUUAUGAUAAAGAAAGUGAUGGAUUUUAUUAUGAAUUUGCAGGAUCUAGAGGAUGGAGAAAAAGAAAUAAAAAUACACCUAUUCAAUCUCUUCCCCAGACAACACAGACAUUUAAAAGUAAAAAUCCCCUACCAAUGGAAAUACCUCAUCCACAUGACAAUGAAAAUCUACCUAAUUAUUUUUAUAGUGAAUUUAACACAAAUAAAUCUAUAUUACCAUCAACAUCAUCAUCAGGAUCACUCACCAAUAAAGUUUAUGAUCCUCACUCUGAUGGUUAUUAUUAUAAUAUGGGAAGUGUAGAAGGGUGGAAGCGGCGGACAGACAGUGUGACAUCAUCAUCUAAAAAUUCUUGUUCAUCACCAAUAUUUAAUAAUCAACAGUCUAUUCGUUCUCAAGUUCAAUCUAAUGAGUCAGCGAUUAGUUAUGAUAACGAAUGGAUUAUUAAUGGAAAGGAUGGUGAUAAUAAAAAUAUAAAUGAAUUUGGAUCGUCAGCACAAUCAACAGGAUCAAGUGCAGCUUCCUCUAUUUUAGAUGAAGGAUUUCGACCUAAGUUUUUUAUACCUAAUCAAAAUUCAAUCACUUCAAGAACAUAUGCUAGUUAUUUUGAUAAUAUAUCUACAAAUAGAAAUCAACAACGUCAUCUACAACAAUUACCUAAAAAUGAUUCUAUUAAACAGGGAUCUUUUGAGAUACAAACAAAUAAAAAAAAUGUUAAUCGUAAUUUUGAUGUUGAAAUGCAACAAGAAAAUAAUGAAAUAAAUAAUAAAUUAAAUUAUUUUAAAACACGAGAACCACAGAUGUUUGGUAAUAAUGAAUCAUGUACAUUUAUAGCUCAAAAUUAUGAGUAUAAUGAUGUGUUUUUGGCAAGUGAUUUAAAUAAGGCUUUUUCUACAUCUGAAUGUUUUAAUGAUCGAUCUAAUUUAAUUGACUCUACAAAUAGAGAUGUCUGGGGAUUUAGGACAACUAACUCUGAAAGUGGAUCAUUUAUAUGUGGUGGAGAAGAGACUGACUACAAAGCUUUAGAACAAAUUUGGCAAAAUUUGGAUAAUAACUUACUUACUGGAGGUGAAAUAGGAUGUACAAACUAG